CGCAUGCGGCAUGAGUAAUCUAACACCAACAGAAAAACAGCAGGGUACCAGAAGAGUCUGUGACAGAUAACGUUAGCUGACAUUAUUGGGGUCCAAAAAGCACUACCCUAUAAGAUUCAGUUGGACAGUUGUUGGUGUCCUUUUUUCUUUCAUCUGGGAGGUAACUGUGAUCAAACCCAUCCACGACAAUGACUGAGCAAUCAGCUUUGCUGCUUCGAAAACAACUGGCAGAAUUGAACAAGAACCCUGUGGAAGGCUUUUCGGCUGGUCUCAUCGAUGAUGAUGACAUCUACCAGUGGGAAGUCGUCGUCAUUGGCCCUCAAGACACACUGUUUGAAGGGGGAUUUUUUAAAGCAAAUUUGACUUUCCCUCACGAUUACCCUCAUCGUCCUCCAAAGAUGAAGUUUGUCACAGAACUCUGGCACCCAAAUGUGGCCAAGAAUGGUGAUGUGUGCAUCUCGAUCCUGCAUGAGCCCGGAGAGGACAAGUUUGGCUACGAGAAACCAGAAGAACGCUGGCUACCCAUCCACACCGUCGAGACAAUCAUGAUCAGUGUGAUCUCUAUGCUGGCAGACCCUAACGGAGACUCACCUGCUAAUGUAGAUGCUGCUAAAGAGUGGAGGGAAGACCCCAAUGGUGAAUUCAAGAGAAAGGUAGCACGUUGUGUGCGGAAAAGCCAGGAGAUGGCGUUCGAUUAGGAUUUGCUACUGCUGAGACAUACCAAGUGAGUGUCAAGUGUUGCUUUUUUUUUUCUCAUUAAAAAUACUUUCUCAUGAAAAUACCUCUAUCAGAAAAACACUUUGAAAGUGUCACCUCAUAACUAGCUAGUAAACAUUAACAACCGCGCAAGUAGCAUGCUAACUCAUCCAUUUAGGUUAUAUAUUUGGUAGCACUGUGCUGCAGUAGGUACCCAGUCACUUUAAACUAGAGAGAACUGGUAUUCAAAGCCAAUAUGUUAUUUAAUUGAAAUAUUGCCAUUACAGGAAGGCCCCAUUUUAUCCAGUUGGCUCCCAUUUAAUGC